AUGCAAGCUGUGAUUCGUUCGUUUGUGUCCGGUGGAAAUGUUGUUAGAUCAUCUCUGCUGCAACAUGUCCGUGUGAUUAACCCUGCGAUUCAGCCUUCUGUGUUGUCUUCACGCUUUGAGUCAACUCAGCCUGCUCGCAUGGAGGAGCAUGGAUUCGAGAGUACUACUAUUUCUGAUGUUAUGAACGCUAAAGGCAAAAGUGCUGAUGGAUCUUGGCUUUGGUGUACUACUGAUGACACUGUCUACGAUGCUGUUAAAUCCAUGACACAACACAAUGUUGGUGCCUUGGUGGUUGUGAAACCUGGUGAGAAACAGUCUCUUGCUGGAAUCAUUACAGAGAGAGAUUAUCUGAGGAAGAUCAUUGUGCAAGGGAGAUCAUCUAAAUCUACAAAAGUAGGGGACAUUAUGACUGAAGAGAAUAAGCUUAUCACUGUGACACCAGAGACCAAAGUCUUGAGGGCUAUGCAGCUCAUGACAGAUAACAGGAUCAGGCACAUUCCAGUGAUCAAAGACAAGGAAGGUAUGAUAGGAAUGGUGUCCAUAGGAGAUGUGGUCCGUGCAGUGGUGUCUGAGCAUCGUGAAGAGCUCAACCGCCUAAAUGCGUUUAUCCAGGGAGGUUACUAGAAGACGCUACCCUUGCGCGUGGUGGUGUGAUGAAUCUCGAAAGCUUUAAGAUGUGUGUAUAUAUUAUGGAGUCUUGGUUGUUUGUCUGAUGUUUGUUGUUUUUAAUCUGCUGUUUCAAGUGGUUUAACUUGCUAAGACUAAGCUCUUUGUGCUUUCCCUUCUUUUAUGCUACCCUGCAAGAUAAUA